GCACAAUAUCCAUAUUGUCCAUGUCGGUGUCAGUGUUUCUGUGUCCAUCUCAAUACGGCUAAAUGGAGCUCGUAUUGCUACUGUUAAUGUUAGAUGGCAAGAGCUGAUCUGCUGAUGUUGAUGGACAGUCCGUUAGACUUUCCAGCAGCAAUCCCGUCAAAUGGAUCAGGUGACGAUUGAUCUGUCUUGCUAGCUACUGGUAACAGGCGGACGGAAAUUUCUAUUACAGUGGGAUUUUAUAGGAUUGUGUUGAUCACAGAGUGCAGCGUAACCAUGCUACCCCGUAGUAUACAAUUGCCCGCCGUACUACAGGAUGCUUUAGCCCUCGGGGCGUCCACCCUAAGUGGUUCAUCUUCAGCUACAGCAGUGCAGACAUGCGGUACGCCCCUUACACCUCAACAGCAGAACGCUGGUAUGGAGCUCAUGUUAAGAAAUUCUGAUCGUAUCGACGAUCUCUGGUACAGGACUGAAUUAAAUAUAAACAAAAUAAAAGGGUGCGAUUUACACAUCGCCGAGUUGUACGCGAAUCUAGAAAUCAAACUGGCCUUAGUAAUGAAGCUGAAUAUGACGCUCACCGCUAUCGCGGACAUUAAGACACAGGCCGCCAAAUCGAAAGAGCUCCUCGCAAAGGUGGAACAGCAACUUGGGGAUUGCGCCGCAGCCAUGUUAAUCAUGGAUGAUACCAGAGAAAUGGUCGAAAUUAAGCGUCGAGAAGCGGCUGAAAGGGAAGCUCGUAACAAACAGCUUCAGGAAGAACGCCGGCGAACAUUCGAGGAAGAGUUUAAAAAAGAUCUUCUAAGGUUCAAGGAAACAGGCGAAGUUGAAGCGCCCCUUUGCCAGAUUGCAUCUCCUUGUGAUUUGUCGGAAAUCAAUCUCGAACAAGAUGAAGACGAUCAACAGGCUUUAAGUCGUUUUCUUGAGAGCAGUGGUGAGCAUGAUCCUGAAGACAAGGAUAGCGAUUUUAGAAGAAGCAAGUCGCUUAGCAAAAUGAGUGUGUUGUUAGAACCGAGCCUAAAUCCGUCUCAAGAUCUUAGCAGAGUAGAUAAUGAAGACGACCUGUGAGAAUCUGCUUCAGAGAUAUCUUAGCUUCUAGUAAUUGGGUUUGUUAUAGAAUGAGAACUUCGGUACGAUAAGUAAUGUAAAUGGAUUUGGAACCGUGCAAUAAGAUGGCUGUGUCGGCUACUGCCAUUAAGUAGGAGAAGCGUGCAAAUUUAUCUUGGGCUUUAUGUUGAUUUACAAAACUCCACAAUAAAAGUACGAUCGAUAGAACAGCGGCUCAAUAUAGAGCAUUGGCGCUAACAAGGAACAUGCACAAGAAAGUCCUAAUUUCUCUAGAAACAUAUAUAAUUCAACAAUAAGGUUCAUAAAGGAGUAUGUGCUUUGCUAGUGUCUAAAUAGGUAAGGAUGGAUAAUUCAUUAGAAUUAGGUGUCGGUAUUUUAACUGAGUAUCCUAAGGUAAAUCGUCUGAAGCAAUGCUUGACGGAAAUACCUGACGUAAACACCGAAAUAUUUAGACGAUCGUAAUAAUCUAUGCGAUAUGAAAGACGAAGUGUACAGAUCGACAUAGAACGAAAUAAACGACUUUUCCAUUAGGACGUUGCAUUUUCAUUGCUAGUUGUUGAAAAUAGUUGUAGAAAUUUCAUUACGAAAAAAAAUUCUAAGGAAGUUCUAAUAACUAGUACGCAGUUACCAGCGAUCGUCCUAAGCCCCCCAUGGAUGUCGAAUUUAAUAUUGAGUUGAUUCUUUUCAUUAUAAUAGAGAAUUAGGUUGGUUUUUCGAGGGAAAAAACGACGUUACGCGUGCGCAUACCAUCGGUUUUAAUUAGCCAAGCCUAUGUUGUUUCACCAUAACUCAUACGUUUAUUACUAGGUGAAGGCUGCAUGUUACACGUUCGAAGAUAUCAUAUAAAAUAAUAAAGGCUUGUAUUAUCUACAUUACGUAGAACAUUAUGCAUUAUUAUAACAUGCAUUAUAUUAGAACAAUCACAUGAUGAUUAAGUGUACCAACAGCUUAGGUGUAUCAUUUAAUAAAUACAUUGUAAUACACUUUCAAAAGGCAGUAAAUAAACCAAGAUUUUCUACGUAGCAG